UUCAACAUUAACCGAGGGGUCAGGGCAGUCCCUCAGAGUCCCAGGAGCUGACGCACUAUGGCGCACGUCCGAGGCCUGGGGCUACCUGGCUGCCUGGCCCUGGCUGCCGUGGUUGCCCUUGUGCACAGCCAGGAUGUGUUCCUGGCCCCUCAGCAAGCACUGUCGCUGCUCCAGCGGGUCCGGCGGGCCAACAGUGGCUUCCUGGAGGAGCUGCGCAAGGGCAACCUGGAGCGGGAGUGCGUGGAGGAGCGGUGCAGCUACGAGGAGGCCUUCGAGGCCCUGGAGUCCACCAGCGCCACGGAUGUGUUCUGGGCCAAGUACACAGCUUGUGAGCCAGUGAGGAAACCUAGAGCCAACUUCAUGGAGUGUAUGGAAGGUAACUGUGCCAAGGAUCUGGGCAUGAACUACCGAGGACAUGUGAACGUCACCCGGUCAGGCAUUGAGUGUCAGCUGUGGAAGAGUCGCUACCCACAUAAACCUGACAUCAACUCCACCACCCAUCCUGGGGCUGAACUGCAGGAGAAUUUCUGCCGCAACCCGGACGGCAGCACCACAGGGCCCUGGUGCUACACCACAGACCCCACGGUGCGGAGGGAAGAGUGCAGCGUCCCCGUUUGUGGUGAGGAGCGCUUCACUGUGGAGAUGACUCCCCGCUCUGGAGGCUCCAGGGGGAACCUGUCACCCUCAUCGGAGCAGUGUGUCCCUGAGCGAGGCCGGCAGUACGAAGGGAAACUGGCAGUGACAACGCACGGGUCUCCCUGCCUGUCCUGGUCCAGCCCGCAGGCCAAGGCCCUGAGCAAGGACCAGGAUUUUAGCCCAGAGGUGAAGCUGGUGGAAAACUUCUGCCGCAACCCAGAUGGGGAUGAGGAAGGUGCCUGGUGCUACGUGGCUGGGCAGGCUGGUGACUUUGAGUACUGCGACCUCAACUAUUGUGAGGAGGCCGUGGAAGAGGGGCCAGGGGAUGCACUGAGCGAGGAUGGGGACGGGACCAUAGGAGGACGCACCACCAAGGAGGAGUUCCAGACCUUCUUUGAUGAGAAGACCUUUGGCAGCGGGGAGGCAGACUGCGGGCUGCGGCCUCUGUUCGAGAAGAAGACAGUGAAGGACAAAACUGAAGAUGAGCUUUUGGAUUCUUACAUUGAUGGGCGUAUCGUAGAGGGCUGGGACGCUGAAGUUGGCAUCGCACCUUGGCAGGUGAUGCUCUUCCGGAAGAGUCCCCAGGAGCUGUUGUGUGGGGCCAGCCUCAUCAGUGACCGCUGGGUCCUCACAGCUGCUCACUGCCUUCUGUACCCACCCUGGGACAAGAAUUUCACUGAGAAUGACCUUCUGGUGCGCAUUGGCAAGCACUCCCGCACCAGGUACGAGCGGAACGUUGAAAAGAUAUCCAUGCUGGAGAAGAUCUACAUCCACCCCAGGUACAACUGGCGGGAGAACCUGGACCGGGACAUCGCCCUGCUGAAGCUCAAGAAGCCCAUCACCUUCAGCGACCACAUUCACCCCGUAUGCUUGCCCGACAAGCAGACGGCAGCCAGGUGGGGCAGCCAGACCUGCGGGGGCAUUGGCUGGAUUUCUGGUGGGCUGAUGAGCUUGCUCCAGGCUGGAUAUAAAGGGCGGGUCACAGGCUGGGGCAAUCUGAAGGAGACAUGGACGACCACCGUCAGUGAGGUGCAGCCCAGUGUCCUGCAGGUGGUCAAUCUGCCCAUCGUGGAGCGGCCCAUCUGCAAGGCCUCCACUCGGAUCCGCAUUACGGACAACAUGUUCUGCGCUGGUUAUAAACCAGAUGAAGGGAAGCGAGGAGAUGCUUGUGAGGGUGACAGUGGGGGACCCUUUGUCAUGAAGAGCCCCUUUAACAAUCGCUGGUAUCAAACGGGCAUCGUCUCAUGGGGUGAAGGCUGUGACCGGAAUGGGAAAUAUGGCUUCUACACACACGUGUUCCGUCUGAAAAAGUGGAUACAGAAGGUCAUUGAUAGGUUUGGAUAAGGGGCCACUCACAUUCUGGGCUCCUCACUGCAAAGUGACAGAAACCAAUCCAGUGAAAGAAUUAUUUUUUUGGUUUGUUUCUAAAAGGAUAGUUCUCAAUAAAAGUGACUCUGUCAAUGAG